AUGGCCUGCAUGCUCCAGUGUCCUGGUUUAGUAGGGCACGGAUGGCCGCGGAACACACCGUGGAGACAGAGGGCAUCGCUUCCAUCCCAUGUUCCUGUCCGAUGUGCUGGCGACUCGAAGCCACGUGCUUUUCUAGGAGCCCUCGUCCUCGUCACAUCCUCAGCCGCCUCCGGCGCCUCAGCCUGGGCCGCGGCACGGGUGCGGCGUUGGUCGCGGCACAGGGCUCGGCCGGCUCGGCUCAGACGGCUGCCCCGCUGGGUCGCUGGUGGAUUCCUCGUGGAAGGAAACUCCGAAACUACGAAGCUCCCCAGCGAAGUAAGCAUCGGGAAGCUGUUGACUUGGGCACGCAAGCAAGAGUUCAUGAAGGUGCACCCCGUGCUUUCCGCCAGAGCUUCUCAGCUCUCAGUUUCGGUGCCAGUUGAGGCAGGGACUCCACUCCUCGGAGUUUUGGAGGAUGGCUUUCUCUUUGAGCCUGAGCCUAGCGACGGCGAAGGGGUCUGGCAACAUCUCUACCAAGCCGCGAGGAAGCAGCAUCCUGACUGGUGGGCACUGCACCUCGCCAUUCCUUUGCUGAGACAAAGCUUCUCUGCAUCCUUCACAUCUCCUAUUUGGCAAGCCCACCUGCAGAGCAUUCCGCUGCGGCCUGCAGCGCCGCAUCUGUGGAGCUUGGAGCAGGCCAACGAGCUGCAAUACGUGGAAAUCAAGGCGGCGCUGAAGACUCGGAUCGAGGCUUUGCAAACUUUCCAUCGAGACCACAUCUCGCCUGAGGAAACGGGCUCGGCACCUUCAGUGCUCGAGCUGGGCCGUGCUGUCGCAGUCGCGGCUUCCCGCGGCAUGGAGGUGAAGCCGGGGCUUCGGGCGCUGAUUCCAGUGCUUGAUCUGAUCGGACCGCCGGAGGCAACUACCUGUGCAGGUGAGGACACUCCGGAGCCCAGCUGCCACUUCGCCAUGGAGCCAUCGGGAGGUCCGGGGGGCCGUGCCAUCGCUAUCGUCACGGCGGCAAGGGACCUGCGCGCAGGUGAAUGCUUGAGCCGCGAUGUGGAUGCCUGUGCAGACUCGCUGCUGCUGGACUGGGGCCUUGCUUCCACUAGCAGGAGAGAUGACGUCUCCAUACAUGUGGGCAUCAAGAAGGGCGUGGCCCAGUCCUGGCAAGUCUCCGCACUUAGAGAGCUCUUAGAUCUUCGGCCAGGCGACGAUGGUGGCUGGGUGGCUUCGGCAAGGGUGCGCAGGAGUUCUUCGCUUCGCAAAGCCCUGGACCCCAAACUCUGGGUGGCGGCACGUAUUCUCGGCUGCAGCUCCAAGGCCGAAGCGUUGGGAGCCGACUGGGACGUGCGCUCUCGUGAGGAGAUGCUACGUGCCGGGCUGGACGGUGUUUCGGCGGCCCAUCGGCGGCGUGCUUUGUGGGUCCUGAAACAGGCAGUGCAGAGUGCCUUGAACUACUUCGAGACGAGUGCACCAGAUGAUGAGGAGGUGAUCCGUCUCACGGAGGAUGAGCGACAACGCGUGGCAGCAGCAUACAGGUUGGGCAAGAAGCAGAUCCUCUCAGACGUCCUUGCGUUGCUUGACAAAGCUGAUGCGAAGGUUGCACGGAGACGAGCUUCGCUCGAGAAGGAGACGAGCCUUCCUGCUGUGGUGACCGGCAAGCGCAAGUCAACCAAAGGUAAAGGUUUCGGCUGA